CAACUCCUGCCGCAUUCCAUAAACCCACGGAGCACGAACUGAACCGUUCUUCUUAGGGCAUGCAGAUGGUUUGGCAGUAGGUAUCCCAGCUAGAGGCAAAAAGUCAGGGAUUACACAAGCCACGGAUCAAUCGGUCAUCUAGCUGACUUCAAGCAAUUCCGGCUCUCUUUCUGUGCCCCAUCACUCCGCACCUAAGUCCAAACUCACGCAAACCCGUCAAGAUAAUGCCGCCAAAGAAGAUCACACCAAGACAGCCACCUAGGGCUAGGACUGCUACUGAGAACAGCAGCGGCGGCGAUGUUGCAGCCGAUGCGCAGGCAAACAGUGGAGAGCAGGCAGGUGCAGCAAGCAAUGCUUCUGAAACCAGCGCCCCGCGCCCCGCAUCACGUCCUCCUGUUCAACGGCUGGCAUCCUUGAAAGGACGUACUUCAGCCAGUCCCGCUGCUGCUGGCGCCGCAGGAUCGAAAGCCCAGCUCAAGUUUAAGCCAAAAAACACUCUGCGACGAAGUGAAGAUGAGCGUCUCCAGGCAGAGCGCACAGAGGUCGCUCGUCUGCAAGCUCGACAAGCGGCUGUGGAUGCAGCGAAUGCAAAUAACAGCAAGGAAAAAAAUCAUCAGGGGAGUGGAUCAAGAGGGAGAGGGCGGGGAGGGUUCUCUCGUGGUGGGAGAGGUGGCCGUGGCGGGUUCGCAGACGGAGGCGAUAAAAGAGGAGAAGGAAUGGCAAGUGGGCCGUUCUCAAGUAUGGCCGAUUCAAUGGGAAGGCGAAAACCGGGACAAUUUGGCUCCGGCGGAGGUGCCAACAGGAUAAAACGAGAAGGGGGACCUCGAAUCAAGUCCGAAUUCUACACACCAGACGAUUACUCGUCUGACGACGAUGACGCAACCGAAGGACCGCGAAUAGCAGUUGAGCAUAUUAAUCUCAUCAGCGAUAGCGAAGGCGAGGACGAUCCAUCUGGCAAAGGCAAAGGACGCGCGAGAAACGGUGGACGCACAAUGGGCAGCGGGCUCAAACCCAUCAGAGUGGACCGAGUCGAACACGUCGAUAGACAGUCGGGAGUUAGCACAGAAGCAAGUUCAUCUACAUCUGCAGAGCUUCGAAAACAAGCUCAGGAAAAAGAUGACAAGGGCGGGCUUUUUGUGCCCGAGGACGAACCCGAGGCUGCAGCGAAGAAGGACAAGGGCAAAGAGAAAGCUCCAACGGCUUCCCGCGACGAACAGCAAGUUCAAGUCAAGCAAGAGCCCACAGAUGAAGCCACACCCAUGGACGUCGACGCUAUCCCUCCUGCCGCCGCCGCCGAAGACGGCACUGCCAUCAAGCAAUCUUUAUCCCCCGAGCAAAAGAAGAAGAGAGUCAAGAUGCUUCUCAAACCUACCAAGCGCAGAAAGCCAGGCCUCUUUGACUUCAACCCCGUUCUGCAAACCAACGAAGAUCGCGAAGAAUGGGAGCGGCAUCAAGAAGACGUACAAUUCCUUGCGCGAGAACUGGGCAUGAUGAAAGCGUACCAAGCUCCCGACCAGCAGCAGCAACAAGACAAAGAACAGGAAAAGGACAAGGACGCAGAAGGCGAUGUCGCCAUGGCAGAAGGCGAAGCAAACACCGACGAGAACGCCCAAAAACCCGAACAGGGACAACAACAACAGUCCCAGCCGCAGUCUCCUCAAGAAGACCGCAAAGAAGGUCUCAUCUACCUCUUCCAAUUCCCCCCUAUCGUCCCCAGUCUCGUCAACCCCGUCCUGAAAAAGGAAGAAGACGGCGACACGGCCGACGGCAACACCGCUGGCGCUCCCGCACCAUCUGCCGCCGCCGGCGCCGCUGCCGCCGAAAAUAGCCGACAGAAACCCAUUGUCAUUUCUGACACCUCUUCUUCUUCCGCCUCUCGCACCGGCCGCCGCGCACCUGACGCGCAACAACAACCAGCCUCCCACGAGACAGAAGAACAUGUGCCCCCUCCCCCGCUCACCGCUCCCUCCGCAGACAUUCCUUCCGGUUUCGCAGGUAAAUUGCGCGUCCACCAAUCCGGCCGCGUCACGCUUGCCUGGGGAAACACUGCGCUAGAACUGUCCCGCGGCGCGGACUGCGAGUUUCUGCAGGACGCCAUGCUCGCCAAUCCCGUCACCAAUAAUGCGGACGCCUCUCGAUCCGGGGCCACUGCAGGCGGCGCACCAGGAAUCAAACAAGAGCCUGGAACGGCAGAAGGUGAAGAUACCGCCCAGAUGGGAAACCAAGUCAUUCCUCGCAGCGGAUGGGCGCUUGGACAAGUCCGUGGAAAGUUUGUCGUUACUCCUGACUGGAGCGAGAUGUUUAGUUAGUCUGUGGGUGAUUGUUAUUAUUUUCUUUUCUUCUAUUUCUUUUCUUUGCUUUUACUUUUUGUUUCAUUUUCGGUCAUAUCUGUCGCGUGAGCCGGUCAGUUGGUUAAGCUCAAACUGGUCAGUUCAACUGUGGACGGGCCCUUUGUUUUCUGGUUAUACUUGGUGUGGCCGGUCGUCAAAAUUGGAGUUGAUGGUUUUCUUUGCCCCUUUUGUCAUCAUCUCUUCUUUUAUUUUUCCACUCUUCUUUCUGUCACCUUCUUUUUCUUUCCAUUUUUCAUUUUGUCGGCUCAACCAUCUUUUCUCCAAUUUAAACACUUUGCUUUAAAAUUAUACAUCAUGUCAAGGAAUG